GUGCUGUGCAGUGUAUCAACUUCCAAAACAAAAAACUCCCUAAGUUUUUAAAUCAAACUCAAUCACUAUGAAAUUCACAUUAAUUUUGCUUAUUGCUGGCGCCGCUUGCAUCUUGGCCGCACCCGUUGCCGAGGAGCAGCAACAGCAGGCGGAGUCAUCGGUCAAGGCCAAGCGUGGCCUGUCACUUGGCCUGGGCUAUCACGCCCCACUGAUAACCCACUCGCAUUACGUGGCCGCACCAACUGUCGUUCACCAUGCACCAAUAAUUUCGCAUGCACCGCUCAUCGCACACGCUCCGCUCAUUGCGCAUCAUCCGGUCUCGUCGGUGUCCUACCAUCUGCCCACCUAUCACUCGAUACACCAUUUCUAAGCGGACAGCACCUGGAUAACUGGAUCAACUAGGACAGCUGAAGGAGUCAACAAACAGCAAGCAGACUCUACCUCCUCCUCCUCCACCUCCUACAUUUGCAUCCCCAGCCAUUUAAAAUGAUUGUGUUGUUCAACAUCUUACACUCUUCACCAUCCCCACACAAUUCCCCAAUUCACUCAUCCGGCCAUUCAGCAGCAGCAUGUUAAGUUUAUAUUUUGCUUUUCACAAAUAAACAUGUA